AUGAAUACAAAUCAAAUCGAUAAUAAUGUUUAUAUAAAAACUGAAAUGUAUGAAGAUUUUGAAUUAAGAAAUGAUAUGUCACAAGAAGAUCCUAUUAUUAAUGAACAUCAUCGUUCACAUGAUCAUGAAAUAACAGAAAAGUUUAACGAACAUUUACGUAAAGGUUAUCGUAUGUUAAAUCAUGCUUGUUCAGUUUGUAAUUGUCUUCUUCUUCGUACACCUAACCAUCGAUUAUUUUGUGUUGGUUGCAAUGAAGACUAUAUUGAAAACAAAAAAACUCGUAAUAGAAAGAAAAUUGUAACAAGAAAUAAAGGAAAAGAUCAUAUAAAACGUUCAAAAAAAUCAAAAAAAAAUCAAGAACAUAUUGAAAAUAUUAGAAAUUGCAAACAACUUGAAAAUAAAAUAAAAUGGGCUGUUAACAAAUUAAUAAAAAUUCAAAAUCCAAAUCGUAUUAAUGAAAUGUGUACGGUUAUUAUUAAAUUAAAAGAAACAAUAGAAAUACUCAAGAAACAGGGGAGGACAGCUAUCAAACAUCAUUAA